ACUGCUGACUGAGUGGGAGGAUCACACUGUUAGACUAAUAAGGACAGAGCCGUUUCUCCCCUCUCCCCACUCUUUGGGAGUCUCUAUCCAGUAAGUUCAGCAUUUGAAGCUUUGUAUCAUUUUGACUGGGGGAUUUAUUGAAACCGAUGAAAGAAUAUCUUGGUUGCUGGAGUACAUGACUACAGAUAAAAAUGAAGUCCAUCGUAUUUUGGAUCACUUACUUUGGAAUGCAAAUUAUGUUGCCUGGGUCAUCUUCUAUGGCAGUAACCAACAGGACAGUGUGUCCUGUUUUAAGAACUAAUGGAGCUUUAAAUCGACAAAAUGGCAAUCUUGAAAGGACAGGAUAUGACCUUGCAGAACAGUUUUCCCUACGACAGACAUCCUGUGGAGGUGAAAAGACUUGCUUUAAACUGGGAAGCAUUCCUCUUAUCAAAGACACACAGAAUGUGUUCUCUAAUGGGCUUCCAGAUGAAUACUCUGUAAUUGCCACGUUCCGCGUAAGACGCAAUACGAAAAAAGAGCGUUGGUAUUUGUGGCAAUCAGUGACCCGCUUCGGUACUCCUCAGGAUUCCAUUUUAAUUGAUGGUUCCAAAAAAGUUGUUGAGUUUACAGCUAAACAGGAUGGAGGAGUCACCUUACUUUACACUUUUAGAAGUCGGGAGCUACAUGUUCUUUUUGACCGUCUGUGGCACAAACUUGGAGUCAGCAUACAAGCAGACAUCAUUUCUCUCUAUAUAGACUGCAAAUUGAUUGAAAGGAAGCAGAUUGGCAAAAAGGACAAUAUCGACUUGCAAGGGAGCUCCAUUAUUGCCACACGCGUUUCAGAUGCCAAACCUGUUGAUAUUGAACUCCAACGAAUAACAAUUUACUGCAGUCCUAAUCGUGCAGCUCAGGAAAACUGCUGUGAUGUAUCUGAUGAAACGUGUGCAAUGCAGGAUACAUCUCAUGGCAGUUCAUCACCAGUUGGGAAAGUCGAGCCUCUGAGUCAAACGUUGGGCCCUUCAACGAACGAAAAAUGUUUCUGUUCUCCAAACAAGGGUGAAGCAGGUUUGUCCGGGUCUACCGGUUUACCUGGAUUAAAAGGCGAAAUGGGACCCCAGGGCGAAAAGGGGAGCAAAGGUGAAACUGGAGUUUCUGGAGCUGUGGGAGAAAAGGGAGAAAAGGGAUUUGCUGGAGCUGAUGGACUUCCUGGACCAAGUGGUCCCAAGGGUGAACGUGGCCUCGACGGGAGCAAAGGAGAAAAAGGAGAAGUGGGAGAAAAUGGUGAGAAAGGAGAAAUUGGUUCACCUGGUCUUCAUGGAAAAGAUGGUUUGGACGGCAAACCGGGGCUCGAGGGGCCUGUUGGCCUCAAGGGAGAAAAGGGUGAAAUGGGACCCCCAGGACCUGCUCCAAUACCUGUAAGUAUUUCCCAUGUCAACACCCAUGUAGACGUUUAA